AUGGAUUCCAACGCCAGUGAAAAGUUUCCUCUGCACGAGGCCGCCCGUGAGGGUCGAGAUCAAAUCGUCGAGUCCCUUCUCAACGCAAAUCCAAAGUUGGCUUUCACCAAAGACGAUGAUGACCGGCUUGCGAUCCACUGGGCGGUGGCCUACAACCGUCUACCCGUCGUGGAGCAGCUCGUCUCCGUCAAGAACUUUGAUCCUGAUGUCGAGGAUGGCUCAGGCUGGACACCCCUGAUGAUUGCCUCCAGCCUCAAGAAUGCCGAGGGUGAUCAAAUCCUCGACCUGCUGCUGCGCAAAGGAGCCGAUGUAUCCGUGAAGAGUAGCUCAGGGCAGAAUGCUCUGCACUUUGCAAGCUCCAAGGCCAACAUCACCACCGUACGAACUUUGAUCGCCAAUAAAUGCAGUGCCCGGGUAAAGGAUGUCCGCGGUCAACUACCUCUGCACCGAGCAGCAGCAGUAGGCUCUGUUCCCAUCCUCCAGAACCUUCUGGAAGAAGGUAAGAGCCCCGUCAAUGCAACAGACGGCGACGGCAUGACCGCCCUGCACCAUGCAAUCUCGGAGGGGCACGGUGACGCCGCUAUACUACUCUUGAAAUCAGGCGCGGAGCCGGAGAAGCGGGAUGGCGAUGGAAGAUUGGCAAUCGAGCUGGUUCCGGAUGAUAAGGUCAAACAAUAUAUCCUGCAAACCGCGGAGCGAGAGGGGAUCGAACUGCCAUAA